AGUCGUUUAAUAUUUCUAAUUUAGAAAUCACAUAUAUUUCGGAAUAAUUGAAUAAUAAUUAUAGUGCAAUGCGUAGAUCAGGAUAUACUGUCUUAGGAAGUUCUGAAGAAGAUGUAGAAGGAGAUGCCGCUGAUGGAAAAUAUGAAGACAUAGAAGAAGCCAAACCAUUCGCUAAUAUUCGAUCGAUCGAUGGAAAUCCAUACAGAAAAACUUUGUGCCUUGUAUUUACACUAUUCUUCGGUGGAUUGCUGACAUUAUUGGUAUCAACAUUGAUUUUGUUAGGUCACUUAGAUAAUGAUGUAUACGCUGAUAGACUCAUUCCGUUAAUAAUCCUUGGGUUUUUGAUGUUUAUUCCUGGAAGCUAUUACAUGAGAAUUGUUUAUUACACAUUCAAAGAAAGGCCUGGUUACUCCUACGAUUUGAUUCCAUCGUGUAACUGAGUAGCAAAAAAUUUCUGUAAAAAGUUCCUGAGGCAAACCAAAGAUCAAAAUUCGUUUUAUUAUCACGACA